GUCAAAAUGGCUUCACGUGCGAGAUCUGCGCUUCAAAAGUUGUACGUGGGAAACAUUCCCUGGACGGUCUCUAAAAGAGAACUCCAAGACUAUUUUGCAAAGUUUGGAUAUGUAAGAACAAGCACAGUCCUUUUUAAUAAGGAGACUGGUAUGAGUCGAGGCUUUGGGUUUGUGGAGUUCAGUCAGCGCCAGUCUAUUGAUGCAGUCCUUAGUCAAAGUUCUCAUGUUCUUGAAGGAAAUAAGUUGAUUGUUUCAAAUAACACAUACGGGAACCAGAUGCCAUCACAAGCAAGGAGAGAUUUCAUGAAAGCCACGGACGAUACCAAUGUUUUAACAUAAUGACUUUAGUAUAGGUGAAAUGAAUUGUGUGUAAAUAGAAGAUGGAAGUGUGAAUAAACGUAAAUGUAAUUGAA